GUUUGACAAGUUUUUAUUACUCCCUACGGAGACUAUUAUCGGUGUAGUUGCAUUAAAUUAGACUCAUUAAUCUGUUACAUUCAAAUUUACCGUCAACUUGUUGCGAAACACCUAGCAAUAAAGCGCUAGACAUCGCCGAAAUGGACAGCAUUGCUCAGAAAGCGAUGUCGGCGCUCAGUUUUGAUAUUGGACCCUUGAAAGAACCUUUGGGAUUUAUACGUGUUCUCGAAUGGGUUUUCUCCAUAUUUGCAUUUGCUACGACUGGAGGUUAUUCUGGUUCUACCAGCUUCAACAUCCAAUGCCAAGGAACAGGCAGUAGUUUGGAGGUGUCAGCUGAUUUUGCCUACCCUUUUAGGCUCAAUAAGCAUUCGUAUAACAUCCCAACCUGUAAAGUCAAUGACACGAGCACCGUGGUACGGUAUCUGACGGGAGACCACUCUUCUUCUGCCGAAUUCUUUGUCUGCAUUGGAGUGUUUGCCUUCCUGUACUGCACUGCUGCACUUGUGCUGUAUCUGGGUUACCAACAGGUGUAUCGUGGCAACAACCGCGGACCCAUUGUGGACUUGCUGGUGACUGGAGCUUUUGCGUUUCUGUGGCUGGUAUCUUCUUCUGCUUGGGGCAAAGGCCUUACUGAUGUCAAAUGGUCCACAAGCCCCUCUAACCUCGUUACCAUCACUGAUGUCUGCAAACCUCCAAACAUAUGUACUCCUGGUGCAAUCCCCCACAUGGGUCGUCUGAAUGCCUCAGUGACCUUUGGUUUCCUCAACCUCAUCUUGUGGGCUGGAAACUGCUGGUUUAUUUUCAAGGAGACUCCUUUCCAUAAGUCGGCGGCUCCUCCGGCCAAUGAGCAAGAAGGAACGAGACAGCCUUAAUUAUACAAGAAGUUCCCCCCAAAUUCAUCAAAGUACAGCUAAUGCAGCACAGCUGAUGCCAGAUGAAGCGUGACCAGAAGUGUCCACCUGUUUGCUGUUAUGGAUACAUGAGCUCCAAUAGUUCUCCAAUAGAGCUUUUGGCUGCUCCUGUUUAAUUUCAGAUACCUGAAUAAAAAAAAUAUUUAUAGUGAAUACAACAGGAAAGCUGUUAACUAAUGGUUUUGCGUGUGUUAUGCUUGAGAAAGUAUCAGGGUUAUCGGAUGUUACCAGGAAAUGGCGCUAAGAGCAGAAAAUGGAAAGUUUGAGAUGUUACGUGAUACCGAACGCCUGUAAUAUGUCCCAGACUGAAGGACCCAGUACGCUGCAUGUUUUGUUAUAUCCUAACACUAACACAAUCAGAUUCAAGUAAUCAGCCAAUGUCUUCGAUAGCAGAACAGUCUGUUCAUGCUCAUGCUGAGACAUCAGCGCAAGCCUCUGGGUUCCAGAAAGUGUUACUGGGAAACUUUGCGCUCUGUUUUCAGUGUGUUACAAUUCAAUGUUUUAUGCUUUGCAGUUACAAAACAGUGAAAACCAUACUUAUGGGUAUGUUUUGAUGUACAUCGGUGAUCAAUAAUUAUUGGUCAAGUUUGGAUUUUUUGCUUUCAGUGCAGGUGGUAAUUCCAUCUCCUCAUCUCCUGUUUGCAGAAUAGAAUUCAGAGUAAUAUUUCCAUUGUGGAAAUUUACUGUUACAAAGCAACAUUGUCUACUUCACCACUUUACUGUUUUUUUUUUACUGUAAUACUGAAUACUGUUCAGUACGCAUUCUCUCACUUCACAUCAUUUGGUACUUUGUCAUCUCAGUGCAUUCACUAAACAGUGUUCAGUGUUCAUCUCUAUGAAUAUUACCACUGUAAUCUUUAUUUAACAUGGUUUUCUGUUUGUCAUGUGAUAAGUGCAAAAUAUUAAAAAGAUAACCUUGAUAUUAUUUAAAGGGUUGUAGCGCGGUUCAUGUUUCAGUCUGGUAGAAUAUGGUUUGUUGGGGAGGACAGUGAUAAGUGUGGGUGUUUGGAAAAACUAAUUAGGUUAACAUUUGUAUUUUGUGAACUUACAGAAGCUGUGCUGAUUAAUCUCUCGUUUUACAGUUCUUUAAAUGAGCCUGUUUUUCUGCAUGUUUUGACAUUAAUGUGUGUCUUAUUGAUAAUGGUGUU